AUGACGCACCCCAAACCCACUUCGGUGGCACGCAGCCACACGACGGGCGCGAGCGUGGGGCAGUACCGCCGCCCCGCGCCCCGCCACGUCGUGGUCGGGCCCCGCAAGAAGCAUGUGAGGGCGACUCCUUCGCUACCGACGCAGGACCUGCCGGAGCCGAAGCUGAUCGACGUGCCGACGGCGCCCAAGUCGGUCUUUGCGGCAGGCGUCUCGAUCCCGAACGAGCGCGAGCGCGAGGCGCCGCGCCCGUCGCCGUACCUCUCGUACCGCGCGACACAGGGCGGCGCCGCCUCGGUGAUCCCGCCCGAGGACAAUGACGAGGAGAUCGACGAGGACAAUGCGUCGUCGAUCGAGCAGGGCUUCCUCCCGGAGCCGGAGGAGCCCGCGGACGUCAGCAUGAGCCGCGACGAGGUGGAAGUCGAGACCGACGCCAGGGAUGGCGAGGACGCGGACGUCGCUGCGGAGCGCGCCCUCCUCGACCGCAUCGUCCCUGCCGAGGACAGCGAGGUACCCAAGCCCCGCCGCAAGCGCACGUCCAAGGGCACGCCCAAGCGCACGUCCAAGCUGCCGCCGUUGCUUGGCGCGUCCCCCUCGUCGGGCGACAAUGCGCCGACGGUCUUUUCGCUGAACUACGCCACGGCCGUGCACCACGGACGCGAGUACCUCUACCGCCUGAGUGACUAUGACGCUUCGAAGGGCGUCGAGGUGCCCGAGUCGGAGAUCCACCACACGCACGAGCACUUUACUUCGGAGAGGAAGCCCGAGUGGCCCAAGGGCGAGACCAAGUUCACCGAGGCCAUCCAGUCGGAGCCGAUCAAGAAGCAGGAGGAGACGGCCGAGGUGCCCGAGACUACCAAGCCCUCGACGGGCAAGGAGAAGGAGAAGGAGACGCCCGCCGAGGCCAUCAAGGAGGCCGUGCAGGAGACCAAGGCUGCGGUGAAAGAAUCGUUCACGAACCCGCGCCAGGCCGCCGAGGCCGCCGCGGACGAGACCAAGACCACGAUCAAAGAGGGCCCGUCGGCAGGUGCGCGCCAGAUGUACGAGAUCGGCGGCAAAAAGCCGGCUGCGCCGGCUGCGCCGAUCGCCGCCACCGCCGCCGAGCCCGUGAAGAAGGAGACGCCGACCGAGGCGCUCAAGGACGCUGUUGAGGAGACCAAGGCGGUGGUCAAGGAGUCGGUCAAGUCGCCGGCCAAGGCAGGUGAGGACGCCGCGGACGCGACCAAGACUGCUGUGAGGGAGGGCCCGGCCGCGGCCGCGCGCGAGAUGCACACUAUUAGCUCGGACAAGCCUGCAGCAGCCAUUGUGGGCGCACAGCACAGCAAGGCGACGGCCAAGGCCGAGGAGUCGGACUAUCGCCCCCCCGUUCCCCCGAAGGACAAGAAGACCACGACGUCGUCGGCUCUGCCGUCGUACCUGUCGUCUGCGCCGUCGAGGUCGUCGGGCCUGCCGUCGUACCUCUCUGCGACGCCCGCGCAGCCCAAGACUGAGGCCAAGAAGCCCGAGACCGAGGUCAAGGCCGAGCCCAAGACGGAGGCCAAGACGGAGACCAAGACCGAGCCCAAGGCCGAGCCCAAGGCUGAGCCCAAGGUCGAGCCCAAGGCUGAGCCCAAGGCCGAGCCCAAGGUCGAGCCCAAGGCCGAGCCCAAGGUCGAGUCCAAGGCUGAGCCCAAGGCUGAGCCCAAGGUCGUCGAGCCCAAAAAGGCCGAGCCCAAGGCCGAGCCCAAGAAGGUCGAGCCCAAGAAGGCCGAGCCCUCGCCCAAGACCAAGAAGCCCGAGUCCGAGGUCCAAACCUCCAGGAGCAGGUCGAUUUCGGGUCUCCCUGCCUACCUCACGUCCAAGUUCCGCUCCUCCAAGUCGAGCUCGCGCGCCGAGGAGGCGAAGCCCGUGCCCAAGUCGAAGCCCGAGGCUACACCGACAAAGCCCGAGCAGACCAAGUCGGCCUCGUACGCGCCUUCCUACCUCUCUGGCAAGCCCAGUGAGCCCAAAUCGGACCUUCCGUCUUACCUGCGCACCGGCAAGUCGUCGGUCCCCAUGGCUGCGUCUGCCGCGAAGCCGGUCGAUGCCAAGACCGAGACGAAGCCCGAAGCAAAGCCGGAGGCGAAGACGGAGACCAAGCCUGCCGAGACCAAGCCCGCCGAGACCAAGACCGAGGCAAAGCCCGUCGUGACGACGCCCGCGCCCAAGAGCGAGGCAAAGCCCGUCGAGACUACGCCCGCGCCCAAGAGCGAGGCAAAGCCCGUCGAGACCAAGCCCGCGCCCAAGGCCGAGACGGCGGCCGUGCCGUCCAAGUCUGGCCACUCGGGCCUUGCUCCGCCGAUUGCCGGCUCGAUCACCUCGUUGUACUCGCAGAGCAAGAGCACCUCGGCCCCAGCCCCGAAGGCGGCCGAGUCGAAGCCUGUCGAGUCCAAGGCGGCCGAGUCUAAGCCUUUCGAGUCCAGGGCGGCCGAGUCGAAGCCUGUCGGAACCAAGCACACGGGUGCUGCGCCCGCUAUGCCGAACGCCUCGAUCUAUGGCAGCAGCGCGUCGAUGAAAUCUGUCUCGCUGGACACCAAGCGCCAGAACUCGUUCGACACCUCGGUGAGCACGCGCGCGAUCCCCCCCGAGUCGCGCCGUAACAGCGACGCCUCGGCGCGUGCCAGCAUCCAGACGGAGACAACGCACACUGGCGCCGCCCCCGCCAUCACCGAUGCCUCGCCGAUGGCCCUCGCCAAGUCUGAGCCCACACACAAGCACUCUGACGCGAAGGUGACCGAGGCCCCGAAGGAGGUGGCAAAGGAGACGCCCAAGGCUGCCGAGACGGUCAAGGAGGCCCCCAAGGCUACCGAGGCCCCUAAGGCUACCGAGGCCCCUAAGGCUACCGAGGCUCCCAAGGCUACCGAGGCCCCUAAGGCUACCGAGGCCCCUAAGGCUACCGAGGCUCCCAAGGCUACCGAGGCCCCCAAGGCGGCUCCCACGGAGGCCGUCAAGGAGACUGCGCUGCCCAAGGAGACGCCCAAGGCCGCUGAGCCUAUCAAGGAAGCCCCCAAGGCCGCCGAGGCCCCCAAGGAGACGCCGAAGGAGGCGACCGCCCCCGCUGUGAAGGAGGCCGCGGCGCCCAAGGCUGCUGCCCCUGCCGCCGCUGAGGAGGCGCCCAAGGCGACCGCCGCUGAGCCCAUCAAGGAGCCCGCUGCGCCGAAGGAGACGCCCAAGGCCACCGAGGCUGCCCAGGACGCCCCCAAGUCGACCUCCACCGAGGGCCCUGCCAAGACCCCCGUCUCGGCGUCGUCGGCUGCGGCUGCUGGCGAGAGCACCGGUGAAGACACGACUGACACCGAGGGUGCGACUGCGACGGGCUCCGGCAAUGUCGAUGCCGUGAGCGCCGCGCUGAAGAAAAAGGACAAGAAGAAGAACAAGAAGAAGAAGUAA